AUGGCAGCAGAGCCUCUUGCUAUAAUAGGCUUUGCAUUUAAAUUUCCUUCGGGGAUAGAAAGUAUAGAUGCCUUCUGGGCCGUGAUGGUGAAUGGUGAUACUGGUCUUUCUGAGAUACCGGACGACCGUGUCAACCUCCAGGCCUUCUUAAACGUUUCAGGGGGGGGAUCACAGAGUCAAUCAGGUACACGGCACAAGGGAUACUUUAUGGCUGGGGAUAUCGGUGCUUUCGACACCUCCUUCUUCUCGAUAUCUGCGGAAGAAGCUAUUGCAAUGGAUCCACAACAGAGACUACUUCUUGAAACCACAUACCAUGCUCUUGAAAACGCGGGCCUACCCCUUUCAAAAGUUACUGGGAGCAGGACAUCCGUUCAUAUCGGGUACCUCUCACAUGACUAUAGACUUUCGAUAGGCAGAGAUGUGGAAGCAGCCAAAAAGUAUUCUAUCACUGGGUCCGAUGGGAGUAUACUAGCAAACCGUUUGAGCUGGUACUAUAACUUGAAAGGCCCAAGCAUGGCGAUUGAAACCGCUUGUUCAAGCAGUCUCGUAGCGUUGGGCUUGGCAAGUCAACUACUCAGGGCCGGAGAAACAGAUAUGGCCAUCGUUGGCGGCGUCAGUUUAACUUACAUGCCAGAUUUAUUUGUUUAUCUUGACAAUAUGGGUUUCCUUUCCCCUGACAGCCGAUGCCACAGCUUCGAUUCUAGGGGCAAUGGAUAUGCUCGUUCCGAGGGACUUGGCAUAAUUAUUAUGAAGCGACUUUCAGAUGCAAUAAAACCAGAGUUCAACCAUACAAUCCGUGCAGUCAUUCGCUCGACCGGUACCAAUUCAGAUGGGUAUACCUUGGGUCUUACCCAACUUAGCGGAAAGGCACAGAUAUCGCUCAUGAAAGAUACCUAUGAAAAAGCUGGUUUAGAUAUUGAACCAACACGAUUCUGCGAAGCGCAUGGAACAGGAACAUUGCUCGGAGACCCUAUAGAAUCAGCAGCCAUUGGGACCGUAUUCAGGCCUGCAAGAUCUUCAGACGAUCCAUUCGGCGCGAGUAAAGCAAACAUCGGCCAUCUAGUAGCAGCGAGCGGGAUCGCAGGUGUCAUUAAAUCUGUUCUGGUUCUAGAGAAAGGAGUGAUACCCCCUAUUGCAGAUCUUAUUACUCUCAACCCUGAAAUUGACGAUACCUACUACCGACUCAAGUUCCCGACCGAAGCUACACCUUGGCCUUCAGCCGGGUUGCGUAGAGUUUCAGUAAACUCCUUUGGAUUCGGGGGGACCAACGCCCACGUCAUUCUCGAUGAUGCGAAAGUAUUCUUAGCCGAGAAUGCCCUUGACGCCAACCAUAAUACCGACAUGGAGGAAUUGAAGGAAGAUCUAACUUCGCAGUGUUACCUAAUUGUCCUAUCUGCCGCAGACCGAAACGGAAUACAGCAUUUAAGCGAAUCAUACAGUAGAUUCUUCGCCGAACGUCCACUUCAAAACAGUGAUAUGUACCGCCGGUUGUCCUAUACGCUCAAUAACCAUCGAACAUCACUGUCAUGGAAGUCAUACUCAAUAGUGAACUCCAAGGAUUUAAUAUUAUCUUUAGACAACGAACUCUCAGCACCUCAGCGUUCCGCGGAUCCAAAGAGCUUGAGCUUAGCUUUUGUGUUUACUGGUCAAGGCGCCCAGUGGCCAAGGAUGGGGGUCGAGUUGAUGCAAUAUCUGUCGUUUUCAGAGAGUAUUAAACAAUCAGCUCAAUAUCUUCGUGACAUCGGAUGCUCCUGGGAUCUCGAAACCGAAAUGAAGAAGGAAGGCUCAGAUUCUCGUAUGGAUGAACCAGAAAUAAGCCAGCCUGUCAGCUGCUCUCUACAAAUUGCGGUUGUGGACCUCUUGGAUCGGAUUAAAGUGCGGCCUGCAAUCGUUCUUGGUCAUUCCUCUGGCGAAGUCGCGGCAGCAUACUGUAAAGGCGCUAUAUCCCAUCUCAGCGCAAUAAAAAUAGCUUAUUAUCGCGGACUAGGCGGUGAUGCCGCCCCGCGGGACCCUAUCAAGCGUUCCAUGAUGUCAGUAGGGCUGUCUGAAGCCGAUGCAAUCGCCACUUUGCAAGAAAUAUCAGUUAAGUUUGAUGACCUCCACAUUGCUUGCAUUAACAGCCCGAGCAAUGUUACAAUAGCUGGAGACGAUGGUCAUCUUAACGCAUUAAAGGCAAUCCUUGACCAAAAAGGCACAUUUGCUCGAAAACUGAAGGUUUCUUGUGCAUAUCAUUCCCCUCACAUGAUUCCGGUCGCAAACGAGUACUUCUCCCGGGCAGGAAACAUUGAGCCAAGAUUGAAGAGUCCCACACAUCAGCCUAUUCCGAUGAUAUCUUACAUUGAUGGUGACAUGGUAUCAGACAGCCGCCUACAAGAUUUAGACUAUUGGAUACAAAAUAUGUGUUCAGCAGUGCGGUUUACAGACAAUGUUAAAAAGAUAGACCAGCUUGCCUCAUUAGCCGCCAGUAGUAGAAAGAGACUCGAUCUUAGUCACCGCGGAGGCAUUUCUAUAACAAAUAUCCUAGAAAUUGGACCUCACGCUGCCCUCAAGGGGCCUCUCCGAGAAAUCAUGCAAAAGACAUUCCAAUCCGCUCGCGACAUAAAGUACAAUAGUGCGUUGAUUCGAGGUUUCUCCGGGCAGGAUUCCAUCCUCCGAGCUGUUGGGAGUCUUCACAGCUACGGAUUCGACUUAGACACCAACUAUCUCAACGGAAUCGAUUCACGAAAGGUGCCGCAGCUGGUAGACUUGCCAUGCUACCCAUUUUCACACAACAGAACUUAUUGGAAUGAGAGUCGAAGGAGUCACAUGGAGAGACUCCGUACUAGAAGGCCAAACGAAAUUCUGGGUAACCCUUCACCGGAUUGGCAUCCCUUUUCAGCUACAUGGCGGAACUUCUUAAGUAGGGCCAAUAUGGACUGGGUUGAGGAUCAUAACAUCAACGACGCCGUCUUAUACCCCGGCGCAGGCAUGCUAGCUAUGGCUAUUGAGGCCAUGAAUCAACUAGCCCGAGAAACUCUCGAUGUCAUACCAUCGGCCUUCAGCCUCAAGCACAUCGAGUUUCUAGCAGCAAUUCAGAUACCAGCAGCACCUUCUGAGCAAGAAGUCCAGGUACAACUCAAACCUCAAGAAGACGGCUCGCUCACUCUCGGGUGGUUCGAGUUUGAAGUUUACUCGUUCGAUGGAAGUCAGUGGAAAAAGAAUUGUAAAGGGCUGAUCCGUGGAGACCGAGAAGCUACAAAUCCUUCAGGUAUUGUUUCUCCAGGAACCGAUGGAUCUUCCACUCCUAAUGCUGAGGGUAAAUUUCAAUUCUCCGACGAUGAAUGCGCUACUCCGGGCACUCUAAACUCGUCAAUCGAAUCAACAGACGGGAAAUAUUUGCUAGGGGAAGCUGGUCACCUUAGCUUAUCCAAACCCCCUAAGGCUUCAGCUUCAGUAUCUGUACCAAUUCAUAAAUUCUUCGACUCAAUCAAGAGGGCAGGUUACAACUACGGCCCAGUAUUCCAAAGAAUCAGCGAACUUCGGCACCCUGCUCCCGGGAGGGCACAGGCAAUCAUUACCAGCUACAUAGGGUCUGCAGGCAACUCGCACCGGGUGCAUGGUACUCGGGCCAUCGACACAGAUCAUAUCAUCCACCCAGCGACCCUCGACGCCGUCUUUCAACUGCCGCUCGCCAACAUCGUCAGAGAACAACCUAAUAUGCCUACAAUGAUACCUUCUAAGAUCAAACACCUGUGGCUGUCCCGUAGCGGACUGAAUGACAGUAGAAAGCCGCUGCUAGCGACCGCUUUACAUCACUUCUCUGGAUACCGUGGAAGUGAGCAUAGCGUGUCAGCGAUCGACGUCUCUGAUGGAUCCACUAAAAUUACUGUCUCAGGAUAUAAGAUGAUAAGGGUUUCCGGUGGUGGGCAUGGCCCCCAUGAUAUAACCCCAAAUGAGCUCCAUCAUUGCUGGAAGUUCAAAUGGGACCCUAUUUCUUCUUUGGAAGAACUCAACACAGCCAUCAAUACUAAAUCUGAAGAUACAACGAUGAGCACUGCUGAAAUUCACCUGCACAACCCUAAAUCAACUGCAAUAGACUUAGCCAACGUGUUAAGAGACAAGAUGCAAGCCACGCAAUCUUGUGAAUGCAAGAUAGUUGUAUCCGCGCUCGAACCAACUUCUGCGGCCGACCUUAAAAUCAUUUUGUGGGAUGUAGACAGCUCCUCUAUCCUAGAGAACCUUGACAAAUUUAAUCUAUCUGUCGUUCAAAAGACUUUGGGUACUGCCAGGAACCAUGUACUGUGGAUCAAGACGUCAAAGCUUAGUUCUGCUAGCUAUCCCUCACAGCAUCUCGUCGACGGACUUGCUAGGGUUUUGCGCCAAGAAAACAGUAUGGCUGGGUUCGCAACCCUGUUGCUGGCUGGACAUGACUUAUCGGAGCGCGUUAGCGGCAUCGCUCAAGUGUGCGAUGUACUUCUCAGUGAUGUUGAUAAUCUAUUCCUCCCGCAAACAUUCCGCCAGACAGGAAGCGGUAUCAUCGAGUACUGCCAAUUGGACGAGGCCGCUGAACUUACAAAGAAAGUACAAUCAGUCAAGGCAGGGCCAGCCUCGACAACCCGCAAGUGGGGAGAAUUAGGUCCUCUGAGAAUCCAUGUCGGAUCCCCGGGUGUCUUAGAGUUCAUUUAUUUUGUCGAAGAUACGGAAAUUGGAGCUUCUAUUACCUUGCCAGACGACAUCGUAGAGGUAGAGGUCCAUGCUGCCGGUGUCAAUUUCAAAGACUGUUUGAUCGCCUUGGGAGCGUUGAAUGAGAGCACAAUCGGAAGCGAAAUAUCUGGAAUCGUUUCUCAAAUCGGGAAGGACAUACAAGGACAUGGCUUGAAACCAGGUGAUAGAGUGUGUGGGUUCGCAGCCGACGGAUAUCGAACUUUGUAUCGGUGUAAAGGAUCAAGCCUGUGCCGAGUCCCAGAGUCUUCAGCCCUAACAGAUGUUGAAGCUGCAUCUAUUCCAGUUAAUUUCGCAACUGCAUGGCAUGCAUUGUAUCACGUGGCUCGAUUAGUCGCUGGCGAAACUGUACUCAUCCAUUCUGGAGCGGGAGGUACUGGACAGGCAGCUAUCCAAAUCGCUCAGCAUCUAGGCGCGACAGUCUUCGCCACUGUUAGUACACAAGAGAAGCGAGACCUGCUUACCUCAAGAUAUAACAUACCUCCCACUCAUAUUUUCAACAGCCGUGACUCAAAGUUCGCGGGUGAGAUUAAACGCCUAGUCGGCGGAGUGGAUGUCGUCCUGAACUCCCUAUCAGGUGAUGUACUUUUUAGCUCAUGGGAAUGCAUAGCGCCAUUUGGUCGGUUCAUCGAAAUUGGCAAGAAGGAUAUCCAAGCCCAAGGGAAACUCCCCAUGGCUCAGUUCGAAAAUAAUAUAUCGUUUAGUGCCGUUGACCUCGGGCAUAUGCACCAAAAGCGCCCUCAAUACGUCGCCCAGCUCAUUGACGAGGUUUUGGAGAGGUUUGGAACAGCCGAAAAGAGCCUUCGACCAGUUUCCACAGUCCAGACCUUUGAUAUAUUCAGAAUAGUAGAUGCAUUCCGGUUGAUUGGAACCGGUAAGUCGACGGGGAAAAUAAUUGUCGAGACCACACCAAGUAGCGAAGUUACUGUAGUCUCAGCUCCAAAGCUGCUGUCAAAAUUCUCACUCGACGCUUCAUACGUGAUUUCUGGGGGCCUGGGAGGCCUUGGCCGCGUGGCAGCUCGUUGGAUGGCCGAAAGAGGUGUGAAAACCCUCGUGUUACUAUCACGGUCAGGACCAAAGACAAAAGAAGCAGAAGACCUCAUUCGAGAGCUCAAAGAGUUAGGCGUGAAUUGUGUUGCGCCAGCUUGUGAUAUCACAAACCGAAACAUGCUUUACAAAACAUUGCAGGAUCUUGAUAUCCCCCCCAUCAGAGGUUGCAUUCAAUCCAGCAUGGUCCUACAGAGCGCCUUGUUUUCAGAUAUGACCCACGACGAUUGGGUUGAUGUGACCGCUUGCAAGGUCGCCGGAAGCUGGAAUCUUCACGAGCUUCUACCAAAUGACUUGGAUUUCUUCAUCCUGUUAUCAUCAGUACAGGCGGUAUUUGGUGCUAGGACCCAAGCUAAUUACAAUGCAGCUAACACUUACAUGGAUGGUCUAGCUCAUCAUAGGGUAUCAAAAGGACUUAAGGCAGUUUCUAUCAUGCUUGGUUUGAUGACAACGGAUGGAUACCUAGCUGAGGCUGACCACCGUGAUGAGCGAGAACUCCUUUUAGCACAGAACACUUACCAUGGAGUCGAUACCAAUGACUACCAUGCGCUACUCGACUACUAUUGCAACCCAGCAUUGACUUUCUCAACGCUAGAAGAUGCCCAAGUGACCAUUGGUAUGAAACUUCUCCAUGUGGACCCAGAACUGGAUCCGCUAGGCACUAUCUGGGGGAGAAAUCCGAUGUUUAAGGCCCUCCGACGACUCAAGGAGAUGGAUAGUUCCAAUGGAAGGGCCUUAAACGGAGGAAAUAGGGAUGUUGCAUCACUACUUGCAGCCGCCCAAACUACAGAGGAAGCCAUAGAGGUCGUUUUGAAAGCGCUGACAACUAGAUUGUCUUCGACUAUUGCCGGCAUGGAUCCGGAGGAAAUGGAUCAAACAAAAUCAAUUCAAUCAUACGGUGUGGAUUCCCUCCAAACAAUGGAAUUGCGAAGCUGGUUCCUCCGGCUUUUUAGAGCAGACUUGCCUACAUUCAGCAUCUUGGGCUCACCUAGCCUUACCGCUCUCGCGAUAACUAUUGUGGAAAGAAGUACUAUAUGUGCGAAAAAAUAG